AUGGACUCGUGUUGUCGAUCGCUAUUGCCAUCUGUGGAUUGGAACAUGGCUUGUGCCUCUUCGGCUAAGUACCACUGGGAAGACGAGAUUCAUGCCGAUGAUGUAAAGAAUGAGCAGAAGGAAGGAUCUCGCAGCCGUCGAAGCCAUUGGACAGAGCAGGAAAAUGACACCUUAAAAUUUGCUGUUCUUGACUCUCUUCACUAUUCGUAUUUCUUGAACAAAUGGGGGUUAAUACAAGCACAGCAGCCGCUAGUUAUCGCUAUUGACGCCAGUCGUGAGCUGUUUUCUGUUAUGGAAGGAUCCUACUCGCAAAAGCGCGUCCGUGAAUUCAUCCAUGACUAUCACUCCUACCUUAUCUCGGAUCAUCUCAUGAGCGAAGAAGACAGUAGAACAAGUAUUGAUGUCACUCGCAAUGAGCUUCCAUAUAACUUCAAUUUCGAUAGCAUUCCGGCAGGUCGUAAUUUUCCUAGCAAACCAGUACGGUAUCAGCUGAAGGCGGGAUGA